AUGGCGCGCAGCAGCUUGGCAAAGCUUGCUCUCGGCCUCGGCCUCUUCAGCGGGGCCCAGGCACAGUCGGCCGCUUUUACGGACCCCGAUACCGGCAUUAUUUACCAGCAAGUCACCCGGGGCGCCUACACUUUUGGCAUAGCCCUACCUGAGACCCCUGGUACCGACCUUAUCGGCCGUAUCAGCGUCCAAGGCGCUUCAGGAUGGGGUGGUGUGUCGCUCGGUGGAAGAAUGGCCAACAGUCUUAUGGUCAUUGCUUGGCCCAACGGUGAUGAUAUCGUUGCAUCACUGCGUCACUCUACGGGCUAUGCUAGCCCUGGUCUAUAUGCCGGUGAUGCGGCACUGAAGACUAUCGCCGCCGGCACGUCUUUUGAUGGCACCACCUUCACCUACACCUUCCUCUGCCAGGGAUGCAUCCAGACCGACGGCACCACCUUUGCAGCCGACGCCAGCACCGCUGAUAUCGGCUACGGCUUGGCCGGCGCCAGCGUCAGCGCGCCAACCAACCCCGCCUCGCCUCUGACCUUCCACUCCGGCGGCUUCGGCAUCUUUGGCGUUGACCUGGCAGCUGCUCAGUCGUCCCAGUUCGCUACUUGGGCUGCCUUAGCCGACGAGACGGUGGGCCCGCCGGACGGCGGUGGUGGCGAGACUCCGAACCCCGGCAAUACCACGGUGCCCAUUUCCAACUCGACCUAUGACUACAUUGUGGUCGGCGGCGGUCCGGCUGGCCUCGUCGCAUCUCAGCGCCUCACUGAAACCGGUCGCUCCGUCCUACUCAUCGAGCGCGGCAGGGCCUCUACAGCCUCGACCGGCGGCAACAGGCUCGUCCCUUGGAACCAGAGCCUGACUUACUACGAUGUCCCCGGCCUCUUCAGCAACCUGCCGUUUGCUACACUCGGCGAAGGUUACUGCACGGACACGGCCGCCGUGGCUGGCUGUGUGCUUGGUGGCGGUGGCUCUGUCAACCGCAUGGCCUUCAUCCACCCUCCAACUUGGGACUUUGAUGAUGAGUGGCCAGAGGGCUGGACCUGGGACGAUAUUGCGCCUGCUGCCGCACGUCUUUACGCAAGGAACCCGGGCACGACGUCUCCCUCCCGUGAUGGCAAGUACUACGACAACGAAUCGGCCAACGUGCUGGAGCCUUUCCUGAAGAGCCAUGGUUGGACCUUCGCCGAUGGUAUCCAGAACCCUGACGAAAAGGUUCAGUCGUAUGGUCCUCCCUCUCUCAAUAUCGCCAAUGGCCUUCGUUCCGGUCCUAUCCACACCUACCUGCCACUGGCCCAAGCCAAGCCCGACUUCAAGCUCGAGCUCAACACCAAGGUCAUCCGUGCCAUUCGCACCAACUCGACCAUCACUGGUGUUGAGGUUGAGAACGCGCAGGGCCGCCAGAUCAUCAACCUGAAGGCUGGAGGUGCCGUCAUUCUUGCCGCUGGCGUCAUGUCCACCCCGCGCGUCCUCUUCAACUCUGGCAUUGGCCCCUCUGCGCAGAUCAACACAGUCAAGUCUGGCACAACGGGCGUCACGCUCCCAGAGGAGAGUGCAUGGAUCAACUUGCCAGUCGGCCUUGACGUCAAGGACCACUCUCGCUACGAGAUCACCUUCAAUGUCACCGAUGGCUUGACAACCUACAGCAGCGAUCAGCUAGCCAACCCUACAGAAGAAGACAAGGCCUUGUUCAACGCGGGCUCUGGUGUCCUGACACAGUCUUUCCAGCGCCUCGACCUCUUCCGCCAGGUCAACACAUCCGACGGCCACGUCAUCAUGUUCCAGUCGCACGUCAACUCGCAAAGCAACGACACCAUUCGGUUCAUGAUGCUUAUGAGCCACGGCCUCACUUCUCGUGGCGAGCUCGCGAUCAACGCUGUCGGUAACACCCUCUUCACAAAGGCGCCCUGGACGAACACCGACACGGAUCGCGAGGCCUGGUCCAUCGCCAUCAACGAGCUUUUCGAUCUGUCGCGCCAGCCCAACAGCCCCAUCUCCUUCUCAGGCGGCAAGAAUGUCACAGCGCAGGCCGUUCUUGACACGCCCGUCCAGCCAGGCAUUCACAUGGUAGGAAGCGCCAAGAUGGGCACCGACGACGGUCGCGAGGGCGGUAGCGCCGUGGCCAUCGUCAUGGUUGCGGCGGAGCAUGCCGUCAAGAAGAUCAUUUCGCUUCGCGAGGGAGGUGGUUCUGGCUGCCGCCGGAGGCCGCGCAUUGUGCGCAACUGA